CUUUUAUUUUAAGUAAUACAUUGUUGAACUAUAUGUGUACAUUAUAAAUAAAUAAACUUCUCGUACAAUUUUGCUUGUUGUAAGAUUAUCCUAAUUUCCAUAAUAGUUUUCAAAGAUUUCAAUUAAAAAGGAUAAUUUAGAAACACAAAUAGAAAAAAACAAAUUUUGAAUAGCCACAAUAAACUGCGAAACACACUAACACGCACUGGCGCUGGACUUUUUCAAUGCCACUUAAAUUUUGAUUCGACGAGUUUUGAGAAAAAUCAAUAAAUUAACGUGUUGUUAAGAUGUAUGGACUAUCUGCAACUCCAUCAUCGGGAAAUGUUAAUAGUCAACGCUUUCGAGUACGUGAUAUUGAUAAUGAGGAAAUCAUGUCAACCUUUGGAACCAUUGGACAUUCAUUAAAUAUAGCUGUUGAACGCUUUAUAACAAUCGGUGAAAUAAUUGCUGAGGAAAAUGUUGACAUUAAAGGCGACAUGUACGAGGCAGCAAAGGAAGCAAGGGAUGCAGGAAAAUCAAUUGAACGGUUGUGUGAUACAUCGCCAUUAGGCGGUUUGGAACUGCGUCAUCAUAUCGAACCGUUGAAAGAUUAUGGUGCUAUUGUUUUAGCGGCUAGAUCUCUUUUAUCGUCUGUAACAAGAAUUUUAUUGCUAGUUGAUAUUAUUGUCGUUAAGAAACUAUUAACUGCAAAGAAACGAGCAUCGGAGAGCCUUGAGAAAUUAGAAUCUGUAAUGAAUUUCACCGAAUUUGUUCGAGCGUUUUCUGUGUUUGGCACAGAAAUGAUUGAAUUAGCCUACCUUACUGGCCAUCAUCGAAGCUCAUUUAAAGAGGAGCGACGGCGGGCACAAAUGUUUUCGGCUCGCCAAAUUCUUGAAAAGUCAAUAUCCAUUUUGUUGACCUCCUCAAAGAAUAGUCUCAUACACAGCGAUUGUGUUAUAGUCAAAGAAAAUCGUGAUACUGUAUUCUGCCAAAUAAGACGUGCAAUGGACCUCAUUCAUUUUGUUGUUAAGGACAGCAUCUUUGAUUCGGCAAAACAUAUGUCUUUUGAAAAGCAACGAAGCAAUCCCAAUUACGAAAACGAAAGUAUUUACACAACCAUUAAGCGUAUUGUCAAUCUUAUAAAGCGAUUUAAAUUCCAAAUGAGCCAGUAUGACUGCAAUAAUGAAGGGAAUAAUAACUCGGAUGCCUAUUACAAUUUCUUUGAUGACGACCUUUGGAAAGGUGAUACCUACUAUGAGGAUAAUAUGCCCCAACCAAUGGGCGGCCGUCUAGUGAACAACAAAAACUUUAGAAAACAUUUAUCCUACGAGGGCAUGGACUUGAGGGAGGAGCUAUCGUUGGCGUUUGACAAGCUAUUCGAGAAGGCCCAUGAUUUUACAGAUUCCCCGUAUAUAAGUCACGAACAUCGGAAGAAUAUUUUAACAUUCUGCGAGAACUGCAAACUUGAGUUUGAUAUAUAUCUAAAUAAUCUAAUGAAAGAUCAGCAUGAGAAUGUUGGAGUGCAAUUAAAGGGUCGCGAACCAGAAAUGGGAAUGCUAAGCAGCUUGGAGGAGUUGUGCAAACAACUUGUCGUAUCUGUGUCCAGUCAAAUUGCCGACUUCAACGAAUCGCUUAAAAUAUGCACAAAAUUGGUUAAAUCGUUUCAUGUAUUGGCAACGACAAAUGAUCUUGAUAAUUUAAACCAACGUUCAACCAAGUUUCAUGACUGUUGUGAUCAUAUUUUUGAUAUCUGUAAACUAUUGCAGCACAUAGCACCAACUGAACGAUUGCAGGUGCAAGCCAAGUGUCUGGCCAUUAAUCUGCGUAUCUAUGGACCUCAAGUGUUUAUUGCUGCCAAAAUCUUAUGGAAAUAUUCAAAUAGCAGUGCAGCAAAUGAAAAUUUUGAAUCAUUUUCAGACAUGUGGAAAUGGUUGACAAAUGAGAUUUUAAUUAUUUCAAAAAAAAUUAUUGUAUCCGUGAAUACAACAAAAACUGAUAGAGAUUCCCAAGUUGAGAAAUGUGAAUCUACAAAUAAAUCAUCAAAACCUUAUGUACCUGCGAAUGAUGUCGGAGAAAUGGUCGAAUAUUCGGGCCUGGAUAGCAAAAACAAUGGAGAUGCAAACACAUAUCAAAACAAGUGGGGCGACGAUCUGUCGGAUGAUAAUGACAUAUUGAAGAGAGCAAAGAACAUGUCAGCCAUGGCUUUUCUCAUGUAUCAAUUUACCAAAGGCAAUGGAUCAUUGAGAACUACACAAGAUCUAUUUACUCAGGCAGAAUACUUUGCGGAAGAGGCUAAUCGACUCUAUAAAGUCUUACGCCACUUUUCAUAUCAGGUGCCAGCAAGUGACAACAAGAAAGAUUUACUUGGUAUUUUAGAUAGAGUGCCAACUUUUGUCCAAGCACUUCAAUUUACAGUGAAAGAUCAUACUGUUGGAAAAGCUGCAACAUUUGUGAAAGUUGAUCAUGUCAUCAGAGAAACUAAAAACCUUAUGAACGUAAUUAAUAAAGUAGUAUCAAAAUGCUUUGAGUGCGCAAACAAGUACAAAUUAAAUUUAACUGGUAUAACUGGUGGCCUCACUUCUGGAUCGGUUCGUGGUGAUGACAAUGUUGCUGGAGGAAUGUGUGAUUCCAAAGGAACAACGAGCAGCAGCGAGGGAAGCAUGUGACAUUACGGGAUGGCUCGCAGAGCCAAGGGAGAUGCUAGGCGGACGAGAGUAUCAUUUUUAUUAUUCUAAGACUUAAUAUUUUAUUAGAAGAUGUGUGCUGAUAACUAUUUUAAAUAAUAGGAAUUGUAUAUUGUACCUAUGUAUUAUGUCAAAAGUAUUGUGUAACAAAAUGCUGUUUCAUUUAAUAGAAAUUAUACAAAACGCUGAUUUGGUGUAUAAACGAAUAAUCUCGAUA